CGCCAACAUGGCAAAUAUGUCGGCGCUCGUGUCGUUUCCCGCCAAGCCCCCGCGGCAACCUCGACUCGACACGGCGCAACCAAGUUUUUGUAUGGCAGCAUAAGAGGGUUUUCCUCGCGGUUUCUCGUUUAAGGGUACUCUCGACUGGAAUUCGACGUGGGAAAAUGGGGCAGUCGGACGAUAUUGAAGACUCGACGUACAGUCGGCACCAGGAUCUCUGCCAGAAGCUGAAUAUGGACGCGACCGCCGCGUCCGAGGCCUGGAAAUCCUACGAGACCAUUCGGCAGAAUUAUACGCUCGAGGGUGACCAGUUACACUGGAUAGGAUGUGCGCUGUACGUAGCAUGUAGGAGAUCCUCGAUACCCACAGUUGGACAGACGGGUGCUAAUGUGGAGGGAAACUGCGUUUCGCUUACGCGUCUUCUGCAACUGUGCAAUCUCCCAUUGAUACAAUUCUUCACAAAGAGCAAAUCAUGGGCAGACAUGGCCAAUAUGCCACAGGACUUUCGUGCAAAGAUCGAGAAACUAGAGGGAAAUUUCUCAGUGUCAAUGCUUAUAUUUAAAAAGUAUCAGCCAAUAUUCACCGAUAUAUUCAAGGAUCCAAAGGAGGACACCUCCAGACCACCUCGGUCCAGAAGGCACAAAGCGAUACCUUGCACACCCGCCAGAGUCUUUGAAUUUUGUUGGACGUUGUUUAUAUGCAUAAAAGGUGCAAUUCCCGACAUCUCGGACGACCUUGUCAACUCUUAUCAUCUCUUGUUAGUCUGCUGUGAUCUCAUAUAUAGCAAUGCUCUGCUGGCCAAUAGAAAAGAUUUGCUGAAUCCACAUUUUCCUGGCUUACCAGAAAAUUUCUGUGAUGAGAGUUAUACUCCACCACAGACGGCGGAGUGCAUCGUGAGUUUGCUGUGCGAACGCCAUGAUGCGAUACCUGUGGAAGCUAAAGUCAUAAAGGAGUAUUGCAUGAAGAAUUAUAUCAAUAAGCUGUUCAAUGAGAAAGUCCUACGCGGUGAUCAAUCGAAUUUCUCUGGCAUAUUGGAAGCGUUGAACUUUGACGGUAACAGUAAGGCUAUCAACAAGGCUUACGAGCAACGUCUGUUAAGUGUCGGCGACUUUGACGAGAGAAUAUUUUUGGCAGAUUGGAGGGGAGUAAAUUUGAAAAAGAUGUCGAGUGUGCACGUAUCUGAUGAAAGCGGUACUGAGUCUGUUGAUCAUUUACCAGGCCAUGACGCUACUGACAAUAUCGGUUCGCCUACGCAAAUGAUGAACAUAGACGAGUUUCACGAACGAUUGCAGAUGAGAAGGGAACAGCCUGCCGGGAUACAGGUUUCGUACCUGGCACCUCCCACACCGCUGACUGGUCGUAAAUAUCUACGAUCAAAGGACGUAUCCAAUAUAACGUAUAAUAUGAACACGGCAACUCAGAGCGUUAUUAAACUGCAAGCUUUGCUAGCCGGGCAAAACGCACCGAGCGAAGGUCUACUGCAGAUGCUGAACAGUUGCUCUCAGGACGUCAAGUCUUUAAUCGAGGCGAAAGUUAAGCAGAUCGGCGACCAAUUUUGCGCAAAUUAUAACGGCAUAGCGGUUGUCGGUGCGAACGAUGGCCCGAUGUCCGAUUUCGGAAGGAAGCGGUUCAUCAUGGGACAAACGUUGUUCUACAAGCUUCUGGAAAUGAUUCUAAAUGACGAGAAGCGUAAAAAACCGAAUUAUGAUAUAACUAAUCUCCUAUCGAAUGAGCUAUUCAUUCAGUGCUUGCUCGCCUGCUGUCUCGAGAUCGUCGUGUUUUCGUACAAGAGCAACGAUAAAAUGUUUCCUUGGAUAUUGAAGGCUCUAAAUCUGGACGCGUACUAUUUCUAUAAAGUUAUAGAAAUUAUAGUGAGAACCGAGGACCAGCUAUCGCGCGAGAUGGUUAAGCACUUGAAUCAGAUCGAGGAGAAGAUCCUGGAAUCCCUGGCUUGGCAGAGCGACAGUCCACUGUGGCAGACAAUAGAAUCGCUUCCGGACGGUGUGCCAAGCUGCGAGGAAGUGUCCUUACCUGGUACUCUGGAAACUGUCGAUCCGAAUACGCCUGGCCAACCUGUACUCAGACGAAUAACGGUAGAGCGGGGUAGUCCUCACGACGUACCACAGAGUCCAAUUUCAUCUGCUUCAGAAAGGUUUCAAUCUCCCAUCCAGGCAACACCAGGUGUAUCGAAGAAGCGAUUAUUCUCCGAUACCAGAGUCACUGGUCAAAGUGUGCUGCGAGUUGGACAGAGCGUCUUAUCUUCCAAUAGGGGGAUGCUGAUAGACAAUGGCCAAAGGAUUCUGUUGGUACCUGAUCAGAUCGGAGCCUCAAGAGCGUCGGGUGCACAAGCCUCGAGUAAUACCAUCGCACAAGCGGCGAACGCGAACUCGGGCAAACCGAGGCGGACUGGUUCAGUCGCGCUGUUCUUCCGAAAGUUUUACAAUCUCGCAUGCGUGCGUAUGCAGGAUUUGUGUAGAUCUCUGGAGAUACCAGACGCCGAUAAGAAGAAAAUUUGGACGAUCUUUGAAUACUCGAUCAAGGAUCGUACGGAACUGAUGAAGGAUCGGCAUCUCGACCAGAUCUUAAUGUGUGCAAUUUAUGUAAUAUGUAAAUUGAUGAAGAUGGAGAAGAAUUCAUUCACGGAGAUUAUGCGCUGUUAUCGUCUGCAGCCCCAAGCAGAGUCGCAUAUAUACAGAGCGGUGUUUAUCAAGAAGGUAGCCAGCGACGUAGACGCGAAGACGGGCGACAACGAGAAAUCGGCGGACAAUAGUGCGCUAACGGAGAAGAGCACGGCCCCGCCGACUCCGACGAACAUGGCUGGGACAUCACAGAAUUUUAACGGCGAAGAGCGUGGCGAUCUGAUCAAGUUCUACAACACGGUGUACGUGCCACAGGUCAAAGAGUUCGCGAACAAAUUCGGAUCUGCUCGCGGCAGCGCCAUGAAUCUCUCGCUGAGUCCAUUACCGAAAGGAAAACCGCCUGCCAGUUCUCCGGUGAGGCGCGUUACCGGUAGUAUCAUGACUCGCACUCUAGACCCGAAGGCCAUCAGCGCGUCGCCGGCGCCACAAUUAAGUUAUUGCUUCAGUCGUAGUCCUGCUAAGGAUUUGGAAGCCAUCAACAAGAUGAUGAUAUCAGUGGACGCGAGGAAAACCGUAGGAAAGCGAUUGCUCUCCGACGACAUGGACGUGGAGAUAGCAGAAAACACGUCUCCCAAAAAGACUGCGACGUUUGUCGCACGAAAAUUAGAGAAUAUUAUCGGGGAACGACGAACGCAGAAUCAGUAAAUAAGUUGCGAUAUAACGUGUCACCAGUCCACGAGGCGUACGACGGCAAGGAGCGUCUCCAAUCUGCUUCUGUAUUCAGAUUGGUCUGGAAAGGAGCUUACGCUGGAUAGACAGAAUAGGACGGUCUCUUGGCUGUGUAGCAUGAAGCGUGAAAAGUCAAACGUAUGUUUCUCAGGUAUAGUCAUUCUAGGGAAUUGGGAGGGCUUGGCACGAUAUUGUUCACAUUAUCAUACGUUUAUACGAUAAUGCUGUAAUGUUGUUUGUAAUUUUAUUUAGUGUGUAAAGUGUUUCUCUCUAUCUCAGAAUUCACUUUCCAGUAUUGUUCGUUGACUUUUAUUUUACUAUCAGAAUAGACUAUUUCUUUUUUUAAUUUAUAAUUUAGAGUCAAACAUUGUCUUUCAAGCUGUGUAAAACGCAAAUUCGGAAUAUAACUAUGAAAUAAUUCAUAUAAUAAUUAUGAAAUAAUCGAGGCAUGCGUGUUACACUUUCCGUGCAUUAUAUUAUUGUUAACAUUUUGAAAUUAAUUAAUAGAGUACAAACAUCGUGAUUUUUUAAUGUUUCUGCUGUUACUUCUCGAUCAUGUUGUAUAAAAUUAUCUUAACAAAAGUCGCUUGUAUAUCAAUAUGUGUUAUACCUAAUUGGUGCUUCUACACAAGUAGAACCAUAAAAUGACUUUCUAUCUAUGGAAUCGCCGGAUAUAGAAUCAUCAAAUAUAGAGUUACUUAGGCUAACGUAUACGUAACACAUAGAUGGUAUUUGAACAGAAAAUUAUUAACCACAGAAAGAACAUUAUUAUAAAUAGGAAAUUUGCGGAAAGGGCAUGGUAUAUAGUAUUAUCGUGACAAUAAAGUCGUAAUUUGCACUGCGAUAUGUGAGAUGGUCUAUUAUUAUCGUAAAAUACUUUAAAAGAUCGAUUUUUGGAAAAAAUUCUCCAAAACUCUAUUUUUUCCACUUUCGUCGAGUUUAGUUAAGCACUUCACGUCGUAACGUUAUCUACCAAUGCGUUUGUUCACUCUCUAACAUUAACUAUACAUGUAUCGUGAUUAUUAGAAAUUACAUUUCAUUUAAUUUUAGCUGUGUACAUCAUCUACCAUUAUUGAAUAGUGGUAGACCAUCUUGUGUAUACACAUAUUUUUUGUAAAAUAUUUGAAUUUGUAAAAUAAGUUAAAUAAAACAUGAUAUUAAUUAUAAAUAACA